AUGCACCAACACAACGUGAUCACCCUACAAAACGAAGACGGAACGAUGGAAACGAAAUUGAUGUUGAGCCCAGACGAGGAGAUCAGAAGAAACAGUGCUGAAGUGGAAAUUCCCCACAAUCAGCCUUCUAGCCCAAAACCGGCCAAGAAGAAGCUCGAGUUCAACAUGGCCUCGAAAAUCCAAAUCAUUCCCAACAAUCGACAGGGACAACUAAAUACGGGUUACAUUAAAACUCUGGGUGGAAUUCUGAAAGUUGCCGAGAUUGUCCUCUCUUUUAUGGCCUUCGUGUUGGCUAUUUGUGCUGAUCGAAACACGACGACGGCCUCUUGGACUGAGCACAUUGCUUUCCAGUCAACAGUCAUCACCACAGCUAUUCUUCUUGGAUACGUUUGCUUCCCACAUAUCACAAUCAGAGAUGAGUUGACAAGGGAGGGAUUGAUAGUCGUGGAACUUAUUUUCUACGGAAUCAACACUGUCUUAUACUUUAUUGCUAUCUGGCUGAUGGUCCAUUUAUCCAUUGGAUUCGGAAUGGACGGACGAGGAGCCGCUAUUUUAUGUGCUGUCGUUUGUUUGGCUAUCACAGUUCUCUUUGCCAUGGAGACCUUUAUGAAAAUCAAAGCCUGGCGUGGAGAGAACGAUGCCUCAACGAGAAUCGUCAACCGAGGAGUGCCAAAUGCU